CUUGUGUAUAUAUUUAACUAUAUAAAUAAAUAAGAAAGAAUAUGCGACUCAAUAAAUAGAUACAUAAAUAUAAUAAAGAAAAUCCAAAAUUCAUUAUUCAUAUUAUACCUCAAGUUUUAGAAAUAAACAAAAUGUGGUAAAAGCUGACAAUAAGAAUCAAAUAUACUUCACAUUUAUAUUUUCAAUUUAAACUACCUAUUUUAAUUUAAAAGUGUCUAGUGUGCUGGACUGGAAAAUACUACAUUUUCAAUUUGUUACACCAUUUCAUAAUAGCAAACAGAACUUAUUUACAAUGGCUGGGUCAAGUCCUACAACUCCUGAUGAUGUGAAAACUAUUCAGCUGUUAGCCAAGGGGGUGAUGGAAAUAUAUGAACCACCUUUAGCAACUAUUAAUACUCAUUUGAAGGAGUUAACGGAAAAACAAGAAGCUGUACACAAUAUGCUGACAUCUGAGAGGAGAAAGCUUGAGGAUCUGCAGAAUGAUGUUAUGCUGGAUGCCCUGCUUGCAGAUAUAGCAACAAGUAGAGAGAAAUUGACAUCAAUAUCUAAUUCAAUGAUGGGAUUACACAAAAGAGUGCAAUCUUUACAGACCAGAGCCGCUAAUAUUGAAAAAAUUGCGAAAAACAAGGCGGCAGCAAGUCAAGAUCGCGCCUCAAAAAGCUAGUAAAAUACUAUUUAAUUAAUCCAAAUUAUUUGUUUUUUUCUUAAACAAAAUCUUGGUGUUCUUGCGACUUAAUAUAUGGUAUCAUAAAUAAUAAUAAGUAGAUUUUAAGACUGUUUUAGGUAAACUAGAAAACGUUGUCUUUAUGGGUACCACAGUAUCAGAUAUUUCAGCUGCGAAGCAAUAGGUAACUUUAGUCUUUCUAAAAUUAUUAUCCUUCCCCCUUCAUGUAAUAUACAUAAUUUAUAACAUUAAAAAAUUAAACUGUUCACUUAAGAAACUUCAGGAUAUUGUUAUUGAAACUGUAAGUAAAUUAUCAAUACAUAUAAUGACAAAUUGAAAUUUACAGUCCAUAUCAUUUUAAUAAAGAGUGAAAACAUUUUAGAA